AUGUGCAGCGAGGAUCAAUGCCCGACACUUGAGCGGAACAAUGUCUCCGUUUUUGCACCAUUCAAAGGUGACUUGGCAGGUCUGGCCGGGUUUGUGGCCACUGAUCACGUCCGUCGCGAAAUCGUAGUCGUUUUCCGCGGCUCGGCCUCGAUCCCCAACUUCCUCGCCGACGCCGUCGUGCUGAUGACGGACUGCUCCUUUGGGGGGCCCGACUGCCGCAUGCACGCCGGCUUUGCGCAGUCAUGGCGUGAGGUCAAGCCGACGGUCCGGCUGCUUGCCCAACAGGCCGCCGCGCAGCAUCCCGGAUACACGCUCGCCUUUACUGGCCACUCGCUGGGGGGCGUCGGCGCACAGCUCGCGGCGCUGGACCUGCGCCGAGAUGGUGGUAUUUUCACUGCGGUGCCGCAGUACAACUACGGCAGCCCGCGCAUCGGCAACGAUGUCUUCGUACGGUACCAAGAGGCGCAGGAGCCCCCGCGCGACUAUCGCGUCACACACUACCAAGACCUGGCCAUAACAUACGUGCCGUUAGCGGCUGGGUUUCGACACCCGUUUCCAGAAUACUGGUUACGUGACGGGCCUGCUACUAGGACUGAAUAUACUAUUGGAGAUAUACAGGUCUGUACCGGGACUGAGCAAAAGCAGUGCAAUUUUUAUUAA